UUUACACUGAGUUGUUGGCUUAAACACGCAACAUAGUUUAACGAUUUAUCUAUUCUGAAAGGUUAAGUUAAGAAUAUGGGUUAAUGUUCUAAUUUAAAACUGUACGUGUAAUAAUAAAUACUCAUUAUUUUAAUAUGGAUGAGAUCAUGAUGACAGUGGAAGCAUAGCAUUUCAUAAAGAAGGACAGCUCACAAUAUCUAUUGUAAAAAAGCUCAUAAUAUCUAUUGUAAAAUGGCAGCAGCUUUGGUGAGAGACUAUGAUUGUGGAGGUUGCGAAAGUAGACAAAUUUAUAUAAGUGCAGAUUAUUUUUGUUCAACGUGUACAAAGUUUUUCUGCCGAACAUGCAUUGAUCCUCAUGAUAAAAUAUAUUCAAACCAUUCUAAGUAUGGAAGGAGAGAAACAAAUAGAUGGCCUCUUACAAAGACAAUGGAGGAUUUGCUAAUGAACUGUGCUGUCCAUAAAGAGAAGAAACUGAAAAUGUUUUGUCAGGACCACAGUCAGCUGUGUUGCACUGAUUGUGUUUUACUGAAUCACAGUUAAACAUUUCAUAAGUUAAAAGGACACUUCUGGUCAUUUUGAUUCUUGUUGCUAUUUCAGACAGUGCACAAAUAUGACUCUAAUUUCUGAGGCAGUCAAAACCCAGUCAUUUGAUAUGCAACAGCUAUCAAACAAUCUUCAAACUAUUGUUAAAGAAUUAAAAGAGUUUAAAAGUAAACAAAAGGCCAGCCUUCAGUCCAUUGAGAAAUCAUGUAAUGAAAAACUGCAAGAAAUCAAUGACCUUCGAAAGAAAUUAAAUGCUGCUUUGGAUGCACUAGAAAAAACAACAUUGAAAGAAUUGGAUAAAAUUAAGACCACAAUGCUAACUUCUAAAAACAACGAUCUUGACAACUGCAGAAGAAUGAAGGAUGACUUACACACACUAGGCGAAGCUGUAAAUUGCCUUUGUGAUAAGAGUGAGAAAGAAAUGGAGUUCAUAGCCAGCAAAAUAUGUCUGGAGAAGAUACAAGAGUCAGAGUCAUAUCUGAAGGAAAACACUGUAAAGGUUCAGAGUUCAAUUGUUUUUCAAGCAAACACUGACAUUGAGCAGUACCUGUCUAAAUGGUCUUGUCUAGGGAGGAUUGUAGACAUUAUGCAGUCUUUCACUGUACAGAGAAAAUCAGAGUAUACUGUGAGAAUACAAAGUGACUUUUAUCAGGAUUUCCAAAUCAUUGGAAUUUGCAGCCUUCCAAGUGGCCAGGUCAUUGUUGCAGAUUUCAGAAAUAAAAAAGUGAAACUGUUAGACCAGCAUUACAAUAUGAUACGUCACUGUGAUGUGUCUGGUAAUCCACAGGACAUUUGCCAAAUCACGUCCAGUGAGGUGGCUGUGACUUUCAAUAAAAAUGUGCAGUUUAUCUCUGUCAGCAAUGGGCAGCUGGUGAAUGGGAGGAAGUUUUCAGUACAGCAUUAUGUCAAAGGUAUUGCCCAUCUUAAGGGAGAGUUGUAUAUCACCUCUGGCACUGCCCUGUAUCACUACACUCUCACUGGAUCAUUUGUGAAAAAGCUGUAUGAGGAUGCAGGAGACUCCGUUAGAGUGUUUAAAUGUUCAGUGAGUCCUGCUGGGGACCGUAUCUAUGUCACAAACCAUCGGCAGCACAAGCUCCUCACUCUAGCUACAGAUGGGACUCUGAUAUCCACCUUCACGGACCCUGAACUACAAAAUCCACUAGGUUUACAAGUCACACCUGCAGGACAAGUGCUUGUCUGCGGAUACAGUUCCCAUACUGUCAUACAGGUUGAUGGUGAGGGGAAAAAAAAACUGGCAACUCUGGCUUCACGGAAAGAUGGACUCAGCCAACCAGCAUCUGUCUGCUACAACACCAACACUAACCAGAUCAUAGUGGGACUAACUAAUAACAGUAAAAUCAUUGUUAUGGACUUGGAAUAGCCAUUCCUGAAUAAAAAAAAAUGGAUGCCAAGAUGUUUCUACAUGUAUUUUCAUUUUUUUUCUUUUUAUAGCUUUUUAUGUUAUCAAGUUUUUUAUCUAGGACAGGAAAAGCAUUUUGAGUUAAUAACAAGUAAUUAAACUUUAUUUUGAAAAUGCAUGGUUUCAAUGUCUUAAUAUUACAUUAUUUGAAACAAGUAUGUAUUACAACUAUAUAUCAUGUUUAUGUUGAUUAGUUCUUUCGUCUGGCGUCAUGUCAUGUUUUAAUGCAUAUUUUAUGUUAAGUUAUUUGCAUAUUUUAUGUUAAGUUAUAAUGAAUAUGUUUUGAAAUUGAUUUAUCUAUACAUUCUGAUGUUUUUCAUGAUUAUUAGCAAUUAUUGAGGGAUAAAUAUGGUGAUGUCAUUUAUGCUUUUUUAACUAAAGGUAUUUGGUAUGUGUGCCAUUUUUGUAUGUUUGCUUUUGAUGGCCUAUCUGUUCUUAUAAUACACAACUCAUGAUUUUGAAAAAUGUUACAAUAACUUCAAAGCAUUUCUUCAUCAAAUAAACAACUUUUAUCCUACA